CCAGAGAACCACACAGGUGUGACUGCGUCUUGACUGAGACUCUCUCAGCCUGUUAAUAAUCAGCCUGGUAGAGACACAAACUUCAGGCCAGCUGUAUUUUAUCUCAGACAGUUGACUGACACUCGGUCCUCAUCAGCUUCUGCAUCUUUGGUAGCCACUUUUAGGCGCUCUGUAGGACCUCUUACGUCAGAGGUGAUACAUAACAGAGCGGCACAUUUGAGAGAGUGCCUGUAGAAAGAGUCAAAGAAAUGAAUUUUGAUGAAGUUCUCUGCCUUGUUGGAGGCUUUGGGAAGUUCCAGAAGAUCUUGUACAUAUGGAUUUGUGUACCCCAGAUCUUUCUGGCGUUUCACAUGCUAGUCUCUGUCUUCACCGGGGCCGUUCCUCCUCAUUUUUGCCGCUCCACGUGGCCCUCAACAGGUGGCCCGGCCUCUUCAGACUUCAACUUCAGCCUUGUGUCUGGCUCCAAUGGCCGGCCGGAGCUGUCCUGCAAGGUCCAGCUGAACUACAGCGGUGGUCUAGCUCUUAACGAUGGCCACCCCACAGGGAGCUGCCAAGGAGGCUGGGAGUAUAGCAAAGAAGUCUUCCACAGCACCAUAGUCACUGAGUGGGACCUGGUUUGUGAUAGCGCCAACCUGAACAACAUUGGCUCCUCCAUCUACAUGUUUGGCCUCCUUGUUGGAGCUGUGAUGUUUGGUAGCUUAGCUGAUAAGUAUGGUCGCAGGUCUAUCAUCCUCAUUGGCCUGGCUAUACAGUCAAUCUUCGGGGUUGGUGCUGCUUUCGCCCCUAAUUUUUACAUCUACAUCCUGCUUCGCUUCAUGGUUGGAACAUCUGUCUCUGGCGUCAUCAUGAAUGCAUUUGUCUUAGGCACAGAAUGGACGGGAUCUAAGGAGCGGAUGCUGGCUGGUAUCAUUACCGACUACUUUUUUGGCUUUGGCUACAUUUUCCUGGCAGGAGUGGCAUACCUCAUAAGAGACUGGCGUAAACUCCAGCUGGCAAUCUCGGCACCUGGUUUCCUCUUCAUAUUCUACAUCUGGGUUUUGCCAGAGUCAGCUCGUUGGUUAAUGGCCAACAAUAGGAAAGAGGAAGCAUGGGAGCUGAUCCGGAAAGUGGCUCGGGUGAAUGGGAAGCAGCUCACUGAAGAUCUUGAGAUAUGGGAGACCUACACAGGCAAAGAGAAAACAGAGGAGAAGAGAAAACACACUGUGUUAGACCUUGUUCGUACCCCAAAAAUGAGGAAGCAGUCUUUGAUUGUUUUUUACUUAUGGUUUGUCAAUGUGCUCGUCUACUACGGCCUGUCCCUGAACAUCUCAGACUUUGGGAUGAACAUCUACCUAACGCAGAUGAUCUUUGGCCUUGUGGAGAUGCCUGCUCGCACCAUCACCCUGUUCACACUCAACCGCUCCCGCAAGUUCUCCCAGUUAGCUUUCCUCGCAGUCGGGGGCAUGGCCUGCCUGCUUACCAUCUUCAUCCCCAAUGAACUCUCCAUGAUUAAAACCGCCCUGGCCAUGGUUGGGAAGUUUGGGAUCACAGCCUCUCUGUCCAUUAUUUACGUCUACUCUGCUGAGGUGUUCCCCACUGUGAUCAGGCAAAAUGGUAUCGGUAUUGGCUCCAUGUGUGCCCGGGCUGGGGGGGUCCUGGCUCCCAUCAUCUACCUCCUGAGUGGCAUCAGUAAGCAGGCUCCCAUGGUCCUGUUUGGUCUUUGUCCCCUGCUGGGCUCUGCCCUCACCCUCCUGCUGCCUGAGACAGCCAAUAAGCCGCUGCCUGACACCAUUGAGGAUGUGGAGGGAUCCAAUCUGAGUGUGGAGGAGGGCAACAUGAAGCCCAUCUUUUAUGACGCCUGUCAGAGAAACACAGACAUCACCAGGACAGACUGAUGGACGGCAGAUGGGAGACAGCACCAGUCUGCACUGAUGGACACUUCCCCGUAUCCCAUGAUGCUGUCUCCACUCGGCCUGGCCCAACAGCAGCAACAACAGCAGAAGUCCAUGUUUGCAAAGCCAGGGACUUUUUUGUUUUACUCCUGGGUCAUUGUAAGAUAUCCAUAUUCUAAGCACUUAAACAGCAGUUUCUGUGUUUAUGGUAUGUAAGUAUUUUUUCCUUUUUUUUACCAUCAGA